CAAGUACGGUCGGGUAGAUGGAUGGAUGGACGGACAGACGAGGUGUUCCUCUAGGUGCGCUUUGGGAGAACUUGCAUGGAGAUUGGAGAGAGACAGACGAUCUGUUUCUCAGCUCACUGUUCUUCACUCUCGGGUGAAUCGUGGUAAAUUUCUUCCAUGCGAACUCUUUAGUAUUUGCCAAAGCGCUCCUGGCUUUGCCAAUCACCCUUGGCCGAGAGGAAGAGAAGCGGGAACAACCUUCCUUGAGAGUGAGUGAAUGAGUGUUUCUUUCUUACAACUGUACACGAGAGCUCCUUGAUAGUUGUGCCUUAGUGUUCGAUCUUGAGUCUCACAAUUGAGUGGUGGCUCAAUUGGGAAUGCAAACAUAAAAGUGAAUUUGUUUAAGAUUGCCAUUCUACAGAAGAGCUGAGCAAGGGGAUCCUUGUUCAAUUAUUCAAGUGCUAUCAAUCUUACUAGUGUCGAGUGGAAGUGAUCUCUCACUAUUCAAGACGAAGCCUGUGGAGUGUGGACCCAAGCACGGAGAACGAAAGAACGAAAGGAUAGUGGUCCACUCGGCGUCUCCCUUUUGAGGAUCAGACUUCGACGGCCAAGUAGACAACCAACUAACUAACCAACCAACCAACCCACCCAGGUGGGAGAGAAAAGAGAACCGUGUUCCAAAAGCAGUCGACGAACACGCUGAAACGUAUUUCUCCACCGCCCUCAUCUCUCUCUCUCUCUCUCUCUCUCUUACACACACCAUAACGCACUCUCUGUCUCUCUCUCCAUCUUCCUUUGCCGUACAUUAAUGUUCAUAGAGAGGAGAAAUCAGCCAGCAAUUUUGGAACUUCAUCCGUGGGAAACAGUCUCUGACGAGUAGCUGAAUACUUUCUUGGAGGAUGGGACGAAAAAAGAUACAAAUCACGCGGAUUUCCGACGAGCGGAAUCGUCAAGUGACCUUCACCAAGAGGAAAUUCGGACUCAUGAAGAAGGCUUAUGAGUUGAGCGUUCUCUGCGAUUGUGAGAUUUCCGUGAUUAUUUUUAACUCCCAUAACAAGCUGUUCCAAUAUGCCUCCACGGAUAUGGACAAGAUUCUUCUGAAGUACACCGAGUACGACCAACCUCACGAGUCGCAAACCAACAAAGACAUAGUGGAGACCAUCACCCGCAAAGGACUGGGCGGAUUUGGACCGGAUUCUCCGGAAGGCGAUGCUGAUUAUCCCUUGGCGGACUCACCCAGAGGCUCACAUGAGGUCCAAGACAACAAUGAGUUCCAAUCGAUCCUUCAACACAGAAAUCAAAUCAACGCCUCGUCAGGUCGAUCUCUACAUGGCUCCUAUAACAUCCCUGGGCUAUCUUCUCCCUUUGACAACGGAGGUCCCCCUCCUUCCUUGCUCAGUGCAUCAAACAACCCCACUUCAAAUAACCAAGGACCGCCCAAUUCUUCAGUAGUACGGAUGCUAGACAUGACCCAAACGAACAACGGCAACAACGGAUACGGACAGACUCCCCAACAGCAACAACAUCAGCAACAACAGCAGCAUCAACAUCAACAACAACAACAGGCUCAGAAUACUCCCCACAACCUAAACAACUCUUCACCUCCAACCAGCUCUCCCAAUACGAUGCCGCCCUCUCUGCAGAUUCCUACAGGUAUGAACAGACAUGAAGGAGAUCCUAGUGGAAGUCCGAAACUGAAUCUAAGCCCCCUGAGCUUGGCUCGAGGUCAGCCAAACUCUGCUCCCACUUCGACUGCCUCGGCCCAACACACUCAACAACAAUCUCUCAAAGAUCUAACUUCAGCUCAAAGUGGAGGGUUUGGUCUUCAACCCGGCGGAGGCAUGUUUGGCCAUCAUCCGAGCAUGUUGGGCGGAUCCUCCUUGUCCGACUACAACGCCAGUGGUUUAUCGCAGAGCGUCACCGAGCUUCGAACCUUGAGCAAUCAUCCGGCCAUCACUCAGUGGCUCCAACAAGCUCAGCAUGCUUCUCAGAACCCCCAUUCUCCUGUCAAAGACGAGCCCAUGUCCCCUCGGCAAGGGAGCAAUCACAGUGGAUCGGGAGGUUCGGAUUAUGCCGCACUUUAAAGGAUUGAGAGACACACUACCUAGAGGUAUAAGGCAUAUCAUCAAAAAUAGAUGAAGUGAUGACACCAUCCAUGAAGCUGUUGCAUAUAUCAUCAUAGGGUUUACUUGUCCUGUCUGUUCUGUACAAACGGUGGUUACCCAACCACAUACGACAAAUCCAAAGAGCAAAAUGGCCAAGGCAAUGUACAUACAGAAUGCGUGUUAAAAAGGAAUUGGCCGUUGGAAUAGGCUUGAAACAAACUACGGGUAGACGAAGAAGAACAUCAUCAUCAUCAUCAAGAACAACAACAACACUAACAUUAAUAGCAGCAGCCACAAUGAUGACAUUUGAUAGACCAAUCAACGACCAAUGGAGCAAGAAUUGAGUAAAUUUAUUUCGUGGAACCGUCCCAAACAAAGAUGUGUUAUUGUCAGUGUGUCUAUUGUCAUCCGACGUUUACAAUAGGAUUCGUAUAUAUAUACUAUACUUUCAAUAAAAUCAAAGAGCACAAUAAUGUACGUACCCUAUAGCCCAUUUUGAGGCCAUGUCCGACCACCUUAGCACGGAUCAAAUUAGCGGGAAUUGAAUUAGAUCCCCCUUAGCCCUUGUUUCCUCCCCGUAUUCAGAUUAAUGUAAACCAAGAACCAUUUGACGCGCCAAUCAAAUGAGCAAACCUUCAAUUGAUGGAAUAUCACACAAGUGCAAAAGAGGACGUUCUGUUCAUUUUAGUCGAACAUCUUAUUUCAGAUGACGGGUAAACGCAAUGAAAUUAAGACGCGUUGUAAAAUCGUCUUAGAACCAAAAGUUAACAGAUGUCAUCAAUGUAUUUCUUUUUUACACAAAGGUACACUUUCACGCAAAGCAGGGAUGUCACUGAGCUGGAUAAAUUCAAUUGCAUCAUAAUUUCUAAUAAAUUUACUACCAAAUACAUCUGAACUCAAAUUCCAUCCCUUUUUCAUGUCGUUUUUUUCUGUUGCAUAGACAAACGAACCACUUCAUUUUUUACUCAUUAUCAUAACGGUUGGAAAACGGUAGGUAAGAUCACUUAAAUCUUAAGAUAUUCUUUUUCAAUUCCAUAACUUUGAAAUUAUCAAAAUUGAAGAUAAUGAUAGUCAUUAAUGCACCGCUAUUUAUAUUUGUUUUACGAACAUUUUACCAAUAUUAGGAAUAUAACCCCCAGUGCUCGU